AUGUUAAGAAGUAGUCCUGAAUUACUCAAGGGUUCAACAGACACGUUUUAUUGCACAAACACCACUAAGAGUAUAAUUCAAGAAGAAGAACAGACCGAUCAAGAGAAGAACAACAAAGAUAUGGGUAAAGGAUUGUCAAAACUAUUCAGUAAAAAGAAAGAGACUAGAGUGUUGAUGUUGGGUUUGGACGCUGCAGGCAAAACAUCGCUACUCUAUCGUGUCAAGCUUAAAGAGAGUGUGCCGUCAGUGCCCACCGUUGGUUUCACUGUUGAAACUAUUAAAUUCCAUAAUACUUCAUUCACUAUUUGGGAUGUUGGAGGCCAAGAUAAGAUUCGUAAUCUUUGGAGACAUUAUUAUGUUGGUACACAAGUAUUGAUUUAUGUCAUUGACAGUAGCGAUAGAGAAAGAUUAGAAGAAUCAAAACAACAAUUAUAUCGUGUAUUGAAUGAUCCUGAAAUGAGAGAACCAUUAUUAUUGGUAUUUGCAAACAAAUGUGAUAUUGUUGGAGCAAUGCCAGUCGAUGAGAUAUCAGAGAAACUUGGUUUGAAUCAACUUGUAAAUAGAAAGUGGACCAUCUUUGCAUCAUGUGCAAUCACUGGACAAGGUGUUGAAGAAGGUUUCUCAUGGCUACAAGAUGAAUUAUUAUUAUCCAACAAGGGUAAAAAGAAAUCUUCAAAAUCAUCUAAAUCCAACAAUAACAAUAAUAAUAAUGCUGCUUCUUCAUCCUCUACGAAUACAAUAACUCCAACUCCAAUACAAACUUAA